AUGGUGAACUCAACUGCUCGAUCCUUAUACGCAGACUGGAGUUUCGCGUACCCAACUAAUCUACCAACCCAGACUUUGGACGGCUCUAUUGAGCACAACCAGGGCACUGCGGUCCCGGAUUAUAUCGCCGUGGGUAAGGAGAGCGAGGCUCAGGCUACAUGGAGAAAAAGAGAGGGAAUAAAACCGGAAAACCAAAUUAAGCUGGCGAAACUGGCGCAUAUGCGAUAUCAGCAUCCUAAUCUCGAUGAGAUCACCGUGUUCCUGAAAGAUUUCGGAAUGCAUGUUGCCAAGAGAACCGUUGAUGAAGUAUGGUACCGAGGCUAUGGGCACGAUCAAUACGUUUAUUAUGCUCGCCAAGGACCGAAGAAGUUCCUAGGAGGCGCAUACGAAGUGGAAACCUUUGAGGAUUUAGAGAAAGCAGCCAGACUUCCUACAACAGGCAAGAUUAAAGAGAUGACAGAUGCUCCUGGUGGAGGGCAUAUCAUUACUUUGACAGACCCAGAAGGGUUUCCCAUUUCUCUCUUCUACGGCCAGAAGCCCGCCGAGACCGGUGAUUAUCCGAAGAAGAUUGUACUGAACUAUGAAGUUGAGAAACCUCGAGCGCGGAUGUUCAACAGAUUCAGUCCAGGACCUGCUGCGGUCCAUAAGCUUGGGCACUAUGGUCUCUGUGUUCUGAAGUUCGGAGAACAAGUAGACUUUUACACACGUACUUUUAAUCUAGUCCCGACGGACUUUCUCUACGUUGGGGAAGGAGAUCAAAGAAAGAACGUUGCGAUAUUUGCGCAUAUCGAUCGUGGUGAAAAUCUGGUUGACCAUCAUUCAUUUUUCAUGAGCACGAACGACACAGGACAUGUGCACCAUUGCUAUGAGUCUGUUUGGGGGGUUGGUCGGCAUAUUCUGGGCUCCCAAAUCUUUGACCAUUGGUGGGAUACGACUGGUAAUAUGAUUGAACACUAUGCCGAUGGUGACUUGAUCAAUGACAAGUCGCCUAUUGGAUAUAGUCUAGCAGGAGAUGAGUCUCUCGCCGUUUGGGGCCCAGAGCUUCCGGCUUGGUUUUUGAAGUAG